AUGAAGCCCACCCACUUUCUUUGCAUUCCACUCGUUACAACGAUCUCACAGCCUCAACUCACCAAGAGCUUGGAUCACUUUAAAGCAGACAUCACAAGUCCUCGCACCUAUGGCAUCCCCGCAGCCGCAGUGCGUCCCCUCAGCACUAUACAUCUUACCUUGGGAGUGAUGAGCUUCCCCGAAGGUCGAGGUCUCGACAAGGCAGUCGAAGUUCUUGAUAGCAUCAAGCCGCUUCUCCCCACAAGCCCACCGAGAGUAUCACUACAAGGCCUAGGAACCUUUCCGGGCACCAAUACACGCCACGCCGACAUUCUCUUUGCACACCCAACUUGCCCUGGUUACAAUUUUGAUGGUCUCUGCCACCAAAUAAGGGCCAAGUUUGAAAAUGCCGGUCUCAUUGAUAAGAAUGGGUUCGGCCUAUCGCUCCACGCUACUAUUAUUAAUGCUCGAAAAACUCCUAACAAGGGCAUUGACGCGACAAAGAUUAUUCAGCAAUAUCGGGAUUAUGUAUGGAUGAAUCCUAUUCCUGUCGAGAAGAUUGGAAUUUGCCGCAUGGGCGCAGAGAAGAAAGGUCCAUAUGAUGAAGAGUAUCCAAUUGUGGCUUCAAUUAACUUUUAA